CACAGGCCAGGUGCUGGUUCUGAAUGUGCAAAAAGUUUUCUUUAAUGUUGCUCUGUGGAUAUCCAACAUGGGUCUGGUCUUUCCAUCAACAAUUAUCUGGUUAUGGAUCUUUCAGUCAUUUCUCCCUUCAGAUGUGGUCUGUAAUCUGGAAGGAUCUUUGCAGAGAGAUCUGAUGAAAGGUUACAAUAAAAACAUACGGCCAAUGGAGCACAAUGGGGACAUUACCAAUGUAAAAAUCAAGAUGACCCUCACCAACCUCAUUUCUCUGAAUGAGAAAGAGGAGACCCUCACUACGUGUGUUUGGAUUGAGAUGACAUGGCGUGAUUAUAGACUCAGUUGGGCUAACAGGACAGGGUUUGAGGCCUAUGAGAAUAUCACUCGAAUGCGUCUUCCCUCUAAAGCCAUCUGGCUACCUGAUGUUGGUCUGGAGAACAAUGUGGAUGGGCGUUUUGAGGUGGCCCUUUACUGUAAUGCUCUGAUAGAUCCGAAUGGUGGAGUGGUCUGGUUGCCUCCGGCUAUCUACCGAAGUUCAUGUGCCAUUAAAGUCAACUAUUUUCCCUUUGACUGGCAGAACUGCAGCAUGGUGUUCAGGUCCCAGACAUACAAUUCGAAUGAGAUUUUACUGAUGCUGGCAGAGGAGAACAAUGUCGCCAUGGAAUGGAUCGAGAUUGACCCGGAAGCUUUUACUGAGAAUGGGGAAUGGAUUAUAAAGCACCGCCCUGCUAAGAAGAUUGUGAAUAAGCGAUACAGUCGAGAUGAGCUGGAGUAUCAGGAGAUCAUCUUCUUUCUCAUCAUCCAGAGAAAACCACUGUUUUAUAUCAUUAAUAUCAUCGUACCAUGUGUCCUCUUCUCCUCUCUUGGGUUGCUCGUCUACUUUCUGCCAGCCAAAGCGGGAGGACAGAAAUGCACCAUGACUAUGGCAAUCCUGCUGGGUCAGACCGUGUUCCUGUUCCUUAUUGCCAAAAAAGUGCCAGAAACCUCGCAGGCUGUGCCGCUCAUUGGCAAAUAUCUGAUGUUUGUGAUGUCUGUGACCACGAUAACUGUGAUGAACUGUGUGGUUGUACUGAACGUUUCUCUGCGAACUCCAAACACCCACCCCAUGAACAACACCGUCCGAAAGGUCUUCCUGAACAUUCUUCCUGAUUUGCUGAGGAUGACAAUGCGCCGAUGGACACCUGAGAACAAUGAGCAGGGGGAGGAAGAUUUUAAGACGUUUGCCUUAGGCAAUGGCACUCCGCUCCGGCGCAGAAGACGCAGCUCCCUGGGUCUGAUAGCGAAGGCUGAUGAAUACAUGUUCAGAACGGCUCGAUCAGAGCUGAUGUUCAGUCGACUAAAAGAGAGGAAAGGGCUGCUAAAGAAUACUUUGGAAAAAAUACAAAACAGUCUGCAAGGAGACACAGCACAGGAUCUGGAAUCCAGUCUGGCAUUGGCGUCACGAGAAGUGCAGCAGUGUGUGGCUUCCUGCAAACACAUCGCUGCAAGUGCCAAACAUCAAAAUGACUUUCAAAGUGAAAAUGAGGAGUGGUUUCUGGUCGCCCGGGUGAUUGACAGGAUGUGUUUCAUCGUCAUGGCGUUGUUGUAUAUACUGGGCACCAUUGGAAUCUUCUUGAUGGGCCAUUUUAACCAAGCACCGUCUCAGCCUUUCCCUGGAGACCCUAAAAGAUACCUGCCCGAAAUCUCACUUGGGGAUGUCACAGGCUGAUCUCUAUAAGAACUGCUAGAGAAACUCUAGUGAAAUGAAGGAUAUAUUUGAAGAUACUUCAGAGAUGAACAGCAUUCAGGUUUUGUUGCACCAAAACUAUUGAAUGGCACAUGAACUUUCAGGGCUUCGGUUGAGUAGACAUUGUACUGAAAGUGAUUUCGGAGAGGGAAUUUGUUGGAUCUGAAGGCAUUUGUGAGACAAAUAUUGCCUAGCCAAGUUAUUUGUUUUUGCUAAUCGCUUUAUUCAUAUUGUUUAUAAACCCAAUUUUGUGUGUUGAUUCAACAACUGUUUUUAUGAAAUGAAAUGAUGAUCUCUCACAUUGGACAAAGUUUUUAUAAGGAAAAAGACAUUAAUGUCAUUUGCAUUUUAAAUUAAACAAAAAUAUUAACCUCUUUAUAUUUCAAGUCAACUUCCUUUAAAAAAACAAACAAACUGUUGUUGUAGGGUUC